UCCUUCAUUCCUAAUUAAAAUAGCGUCCGAUUGUCGAGCCAUUUUACAGGCGUCCUGCGCUUGUUGGGCAGUUUAAGUACUUCGUUUAGCAUUAACCCUUGUCACGGUUAUAUACGUUCCUGCGUCAAGUUAACAGCGGCAUCGUCGUCGCCGCCAGUUCUAUUUUGUUCUUCAUCAGAAAUUUUGAGCGAACUUUGUGAAUUAUAUGGCCAUUCUUCAACGAUCAAAGCAACACACAUACACAAGCCUUUCCGCCAACCAGCUAAACACUGCUGGUAUUUUGCUGUGUGGACAGAAAUCGGGAGAAUUCAAACCAUUUUAUUGUUGAUAUAAUUCGCUUUAAACCGUGUUCUCAAUUACUGUGAGUAUAGGUGGCUGCGGGAACAGUGAUGCGAUAACCGCUGUGAAACUAUAGGAAAGGGGACGAGCUCCGCUUGGGUCGGUCUAUGCAGCGUAGUGGCGAGAGAAGGGGUCUCAGCUGGGGGAGGCGCCUGAGGGCUACUGACGUUAAAGGCAUCUGUAAAGCUGAUUUGUUAACAGAGAGCUGGGCGUCCGCGAGGAUUACUCAGAAAAUAAACUACACACACACACACACACACACACACAUACAAGAAGAAAAGCUCAGAACCCGUUACAUUAUUAUUCACAUCGUAUCGGCGCGACGGCAACAGAGGAGCCCCCUUCUUCUACUUGGAUAUGUACAGCUUUUGACAAACAUCUGCCAGUCAGCCAAGACUCGCUGCUCGGAACAAAAAAGGAAACUUAAUGCUUGUUAGCAACAAUCUUCUGGCUCCUUCUACAUCGCUGAAGGGAAAUAAAAAUGGACAUUUCGAACAGGAUACGUCUCCGUUUUUAAAAAAGGAUGCGAUGAGAAAGAGAAAAAAGUAUCCGGUUUUGAAGUUGGAAUAAUUCCGCUGGACGGAUAUCUCUAUGUUGCUGUUUAAAUUAAUUCAGGGUUGGUAAUGCUACAUUUGCUUUCCACGCACGUAAGAAACUGUCUAACAGGGAGCACUUGCGUUUCCAAAUCAAGCUGAUUUACCUGCGGCGUACCUGGAUUUGUAAUCUAACUUAAUAUUAAAUCUUAAUUCACCGACUAUUUUUAUUUAUCUGAUAGAUCGAUUUGUGUGCUGAUGCCAACAGCCCCAGACUGCCUUCAUGGCCGGAUCAUGAAGUGUUUGACUUUCUUCCUUUUACUUCCAGAAACCCUGAAAAAAUCUAAAAAAGGUGGGAAACAUCCCAACAAGCUGCCAGUAUGCUAUGAGAUUGUAACUCUGUCACUGAAGAAGAAGAUGGCUGCAGAACUGUAUCCUGCAAGCACAAACACCAACAUCUCCAAUAACGGCACUACAGUGACUGCUACCAGCAAGAAGAGUAUCGUCCAAGUCACGCAAACCACGACCGCCGCGACUACUACCACCACCCAGCAAAAUAUCAACAAUAACAACGUCGAGACUUCAAACUGGCAGUCUUCCCACCCGACGUUACGCGAGAGGAAUGCCUUAAUGUUCAACAACGAACUCAUGGCCGAUGUUCAUUUUAUCGUUGGUCCUCCCGGUAAUUCAGAGAAAGUACCGGCGCACAAGUAUGUGCUGGCGGUGGGCAGUUCUGUCUUCUGUGCCAUGUUUUACGGAGAUCUUGCGGAGGGAGAGUCUGAAAUUCAUAUCCCCGACGUGGAACCUGCUGCUUUCCUAAUUCUGUUAAAGUAUAUGUACAGUGAUGAGAUUGACCUGGAGGCUGACACAGUGCUGGCCACUCUGUACGCUGCAAAGAAGUAUAUAGUGCCUGCCCUGGCGAAGGCGUGCGUCAACUUCCUGGAGACGAGCCUGGAGGCCAAGAACGCCUGCGUGCUGCUGUCCCAGAGCCGGCUGUUCGAGGAGCCCGAGCUGACGCAGCGCUGCUGGGAGGUCAUCGACGCCCAGGCCGAGCUGGCCCUCAAGUCCGAGGGCUUCUGCGAGAUCGACCUGCAGACGCUGGAGAUCAUCCUGUCGCGCGAGACGCUCAACACCAAGGAGGUGGUGGUGUUCGAGGCCGUGCUGAACUGGGCCGUGGCCGAGUGCAAGCGGCAGGGGCUGGGGGCGACCACCCGCAACAAGCGCAGCGUCCUGGGCAAGGCGCUCUACCUGGUGCGGAUACCCACCAUGACGCUGGAGGAGUUCGCCGACGGCGCGGCGCAGUCGGACAUCCUGACGCUGGAGGAGACGCACGACAUCUUCCUGUGGUACACGGCGGCCAACAAGCCCGAGCUGGGUUUCCCGCUGGCGCAGCGCAAGGGCCUGACGCCGCAGCGCUGCCACCGCUUCCAGUCCUCGGCCUACCGCAGCAACCAGUGGCGCUACCGCGGCCGCUGCGACAGCAUCCAGUUCGCCGUGGACAAGCGCAUCUUCAUCGCCGGCCUGGGCCUGUACGGCUCCAGCGGCGGCAAGGCCGAGUACAGCGUCAAGAUCGAGCUCAAGCGGCAGGGCCUGACGCUGGCGCAAAACUUGACUAAGUUCGUCUCGGACGGCUCCAGCAGCACCUUCUCGGUGUGGUUCGAGCACCCGGUGCAGGUGGAGCAGGACACCUUCUACACGGUCAGCGCCAUCCUGGACGGCAACGAGCUCAGCUACUUCGGCCAGGAGGGCAUGACGGAGGUGCAGUGCGGGAAGGUGACGUUUCAGUUCCAGUGCUCCUCGGACAGUACCAAUGGGACGGGGGUGCAGGGGGGGCAGAUCCCGGAGCUGGUGUUCUAUGCAUGAGUCAUGCCGGCGCGUCCGUAUUUAACUGCAUUCCAACCACUGCUAGCGAAGCGUACGGGGGGAGGAAGUCGAAACAAGUCUCUGCCUUCUUAAUGUAGCAGUAAAAAAUUGUGUAACACUAAAAAGCCUGUUAGUUCUUUGACAGACUGUCAAAUUUUAAGUGAAGGAAUGCUCUUCGACUAUAUUUAUUUAAAAAAAAAAAAGAACUGAUAUUUGAUUCUAAUUAUUGAUGCUGCGGCAUGCAGUUCUGUGUAAAAAGUUGUGUUGCACUUCUAGUGGGCGACUCCCGUCAGUGCACUGUGUUUUUGUACAUAAGUUAAGGCUAAUUUGUUCACAGCUUGAAGCUGAUUGACAUAAGAAAUGUUCUGUAUUAGAGCUUAUGAACCUGCAAACCAUAAAAAGUUUUUAUGUGGCUUAAA